CAAAAAUUCAGCAAAAUUCCAGAUAGAUCACUUUUCCAUAAGAAAUGUGUGGGGUCCUUUGUUUGUAGAUUCCGAAAGUCGUAUCCAGAAAGGUUUCGUGUUUUUGUGAUGGUUUUUUGACGUGUUGGAACAGACGUAUUUUAUGGCGUAGCGUAGAUAAAAAAUGGAUAGCUUAUUUUUUUCGAUUUUUUUUUUCAAUAUUAAUUUUUUAGAGCCAUUUUUUAUUUGAUGUGUGAUUUUUCGUUUAUGUUUGAUGCGAGGUUUGUUGUGUUUAAUGAGUAAAAUAUUUUUCACAAGCGAGAUACAAACUAAAUAACUAUAAAGGAUGAUUUAGGUAGCCCGUGCAUUAGCUUGCAGGUGGGGUCAUAUUAGAGACGAGGCCGAAAAAUACAAUAUUGUAGUUGAAGGUUUCUUUUCAGAUGGGGAUUCUCGUUGUUUAAAAGCUAUGAAAAUAAUGGCAGGCCUACCCGCUUCCUUCAACGAGGAAACGCCCUACUCACCCUACUUUCAGGCAAAUUUUUCUACAAGUAAUCCAGUGGCAAUUCAAGAUACUGUACAUAUUGGCACUAAAAUCAAAAAUAGAUUAUUGAAUCCCAAUAUUGCUUUGAAGAUGAUGGGAAAUUACGAAGUAUCCAAAGAUCAUUUGAAUCAUGUUAUUGAUAAUGUUUCAUAGAUAGAUAAACAUUUAUUGUGCUCUAGUGAUUUGGACAAUACGGAUAAAAUGAAUUUUGGAGCCAUCGAUAAAUUGUCAUCAACACGUGUAACUGACUUAUUAUUGGCCAAAGAUGAAUUCAAAGCAACUCGCCAACUGCUUAUACUAACCUGAUAUAUAUUGGAUUCAUACCUUGAUAAGUCGUUAUCAAUAAAAGAGAGGGUUUAUUCAAUUUGGUAUGCAACAGUUUUUGUGCAACUGUGGCGGGCUUGGAUUUAACAAAAAAACAACCGAGAAGGCAACUGCACAUUAACAAAAAACUGUAUCACUCUCAACCCCUACACUUGUGUAGAGUUAAAUGCCCAU